CUCAGCGAUAAAUUUCUUGCUAACACUCAAUCUCUCAUUCGUGAGGUCUACACAGCCUGUCAAUCUGACUUGGCCCAGUUAUCCUCUGGCUCCAGUUCAGGCGUCAAUAUCGACUCAGGCGUAGGCGUAUUAGCUCGCGGCUCUGGAAAGCGUAGUCUUAGCCGUCGAAUGCUUCGUGUCUCCACUUUGCGCUCUGAAAUGUUGCCACGUGCUCUGCAAUCCACACGGCCCGAGACCUCCGGACUGUCUAGCUCUGGAACGGGGACUAAUGCCGAUAUGAAUGCAGUCAGAUUUCUUUCGGUCAGGAUAUCGAUGGCUUCUCGAAUCAAGGAACACCAAAGGCUCUGCAGAAACAUGAACACUGAAAGAUCCGAAAUUGCGGAACACAUUGCACUGACAGGACACGAAAUCGAAUGGAAAUCGAUAGAAAGGCUGGCUACGUAUGGUGAAAGUACAAGAAAACGCAAGAUGCAAGAAGCCAUCGAUAUCCGGACUGAAAUAAAUUUGAUGAGCAGGAGGCUUGAAGUUUGCUUUGAUAAGUUUGCUUAUAGGUGUGGGCCUACGGAGCAAGAGGCGGACUCUGAUAGGACCAGAAUGGAGAGAAUUGCACAUUAA